CCUUCGCUGUGUGCAACAUUGUCUCUGCGAGUGAGCGGCUCUCCAGCGUGGCAGUAUUUCUGAAGCAAAGUCGACGGAGGAUUUCCCUUUAGCGGUCGAUAGUUUGAUUUAUUAGCCGAAAUUCACAAAGAGCGGACUUUUAUGCAAUUCGCUUGAGGAUUUACGGAUUGGUAUCAGUACAAAUACGUGGGAUUUUGGUUAAUUUCUCGACGGGCCCGGACACAGCUCUAUACCGAUAGAGAGACUCCACACAGGUCUUCUCGUCCUGAAAUGGACACAGGAAUCGUACCCGAAAAGAAAAGAGUGAGCUCAGAGCGCAGGAAGGAGAAAUCAAGGGAUGCAGCACGAUGCCGGCGUGGGAAGGAGUCGGAGGUGUUUUACGAGCUGGCCCAGCAGCUGCCCCUGCCCCACAGUGUCAGCUCCAGCCUGGACAAGGCCUCAAUCAUGAGACUCACAAUCAGUUACCUGCGCAUGAGAAAACUGCUUUCUACCGAUGAGCCAAUGGCAGAGGAAGAUGCAGAGCUUGAUAUGCAGCUAAACAGCUCCUACCUAAAAGCUCUGGAGGGCUUUCUCAUGGUGCUUUCUGAAGAUGGAGAUAUGAUCUAUCUUUCCGAGAAUGUCAACAAGUGCCUCGGGCUGGCACAGUUUGACCUGACUGGACACAGUGUGUUUGACUUCACACAUCCCUGCGACCAAGAGGAGCUGAGGGAGAUGCUGGUCCACAGAACAGGCUCCAAGAAAGCCAAGGAACCAAACACAAAGCGCAGCUUCUUUCUCCGGAUGAAAUGCACCCUCACAAGCAGGGGCCGCACUGUCAAUGUCAAAUCAGCUACAUGGAAGGUGCUUCACUGCACAGGUCACGUGCGUGUUUAUGACUGCCAGGCUGAGGAGAGCACCAACGGACAAAAAGAGCCACCUGUGCCCUACCUGGUUUUGAUCUGUGACCCCAUCCCACACCCCUCCAACAUUGAGGUCCCUCUGGACACCAAGACCUUUCUCAGCCGGCACACAAUGGACAUGAAGUUCACAUAUUGUGACGAGAGGAUCACUGAUCUAAUGGGUUAUGAUCCAGAGGACCUGUUGGAUCGUUCUGUGUAUGAGUACUAUCAUGCUCUGGACUCGGACCAUCUUACCAAGACUCACCACAACUUGUUUGCAAAGGGCCAGGUCUGCACAGGCCAGUACCGAAUGUUGGCUAAGAGAGGGGGCUUUGUGUGGGUGGAAACACAAGCCACUGUCAUUUACAGCAACAAGAACUCCCAGCCUCAGUGUGUUGUCUGUGUCAACUUUGUGCUCAGUGGAAUCCAGGAGGAGAAAUUGAUCUUGUCAGUGAAGCAGACUGCAGAUGUGAAGCCAGUAAAGGAGGAACAGCAGGAGGAAGACCAAGCUGUAGUUGAGAGUAGUCCCUCAGAUCACUCUCCAGUCCAGCCAGAAGAGGAAGAGGAGGAGGAAGAGGAGACUGAGGAAAAGGAGGAGGUGAAGGGCCCAAAGAUGAAUGUACUCAAAAUCCUUACUCAUCUGGCAGAUACCCAGCUGUCGCAUAGCCUGUAUGACCACCUAAAGGAACAACCUGAGGCCCUCACCAUGCUGGCACCCGCUGCUGGAGACACAAUCAUCUCCUUGGAUUUCAGCUGCCCCGGUACAGAAUCAGAUAUCCAUCUCCUGAAGGAUGUCCCUCUCUACAAUGAUGUAAUGCUUCCCUCCACAAAUGACAAGCUGGUUCUGCCUCUUUCCCCUCUGCCACCCAGCGAGCCUCUUAAUGUGUCCAGCACAAACUCUGAGGAUUCAAAGUCUGAGAGCUAUGCUCCAGCCCAAUCCACUACAACAACCAGCCACAGUCCCCCAGCGCCUGGUAGCCCAUUGGACUUCUGCUACCCCAUGGAUUCAGAUAUGAACUCAGACUUCAAACUGGACUUGGUAGAGAAGCUGUUUGCUAUUGAUACAGAGCCCAAAACCCCCUUCAAAACACAGGAAAUGGAAGACUUUGAUCUGGAGAUGUUGGCUCCAUACAUCCCCAUGGAUGACGACUUCCAGCUGCUCAGCCUGCCUCCAGAAGAGCCUUUGUCUUGCGGCUCAGUCAAGUCACUUGAGAGUACUCCGGUCCACAGCUAUCCCAGCUCCCCCUUCAGUACACCAAGCAGUCGCACAGCUUCCCCAGCACCACCUGCAGAGCCUGUAGAUGCUCCUCAUCUUGCCACCAUCUUGGCAACUGGGGCCCCACAGUUGGAGAAAGAGGUACCGCUGAGGACCCUCGCAGUUCAGAAUGCGCAACGCAAAAGAAAAAUUUGUGACCUAAAGGAGAUUAUUGGACAGGGAACUUUGCAGGAGCAAGGGCAAAAAAACGGCAAAAAGCUGAAGCCUUCAGAGUCUGGCACAACUAGGACCAUACUUCUGCUGCCUUCAGAUUUGGCGAGUCGCCUUCUUGGCAGCACUUCGGAGGGCACUGGUUCUCCCUUCACCCUGCCACUCCUCACCCGUGACGACUGCGAGGUGAACGCACCCUUACAGGGUCGUCAGUACUUGCUGCAGGGGGAGGAGCUGCUGCGUGCUCUGGACCACAUCAACUGAGUCAAUAUUUAGCCUGCUUACUGCUGGACUAGACUGGACACUACAAUUUGUUCCUCACAUUGUCAAUCCCCUUUCAAGACUUCCCACUCCCACUGCCCCUUAUUUAUAUAUCUAUAUGAGUUUAUUAUAGUUUGGCUGCUGUUUGUGCACAUCUUGUGAUAUUUGCAGCAUUCCACCGUGACAAACACCAUAGCAGCAAUUGGGUUUUAGUGCGAGCGAUUCAGGCAUCAUGUGAUGUCCAGCUGUCUUUUCCUGAUUAUUAUUUUCCCCUCUUCCUGGGAGUCUCUCAGCACAUGGCGCCUUGACAGAUGACCCAUUCCCAGCCGGUCACCAGUCACCACGGAACUUGGCGCUACUGCCAGCAGUGUAUUGUAAGCUUCAGUCGCACAAUUUAUAUUUUCUUAAAAAGAAAAAUAUUACCAGCAAUAUAUUAAGCCUUUUUAAAGUAGUUUUAAUGGGGUUUGAACAAUUGUAUUUUUCCUCCCAUACUUGUAUGUUGUAGUACUCGUACCUAAUAAGAUGUCUUUAGUCCAGAAGUAUGAAUAUAUUGUUUAAACCUAAGGUGGUUUGAAUGUUCUCAAUUUAUUAGCGAUCAGUCUUUGAGGUUAAUACAUGAAACUGUGUAGCAGUCCAGUACAUGUCACUUUAUUACUUUACUGUAAGUGUGUGUUACUGUACAUAUACCAGGGAAAUUUUAUUUUACUCUUUAUGGCUUCACUGUGCUCAAUGAAAUCUGAAUAACCUCUUCACGUUUACUUUUCAUGCAGGAUUGGCAUUUUAAACAUUCAUGAAUGGAAUUCAUGUUUUUUUUUUUUUUGGUCUUCAUGUGUGACAUACUCAAAGCAGUUUAAAUCAUUGUCAUCAAUUCAUAUGUUACUCAUAACAUCAAUUGUGACUUCUGUGCUCAUGUAAUGGUAGUCAGUUUAAUACCAUGGAUCCUUGGCAUAGUGUUGAGUCUCUCUUGCUUCCUUCUGCUGUCCUAACAUUAAAUGGCUUUAAUAAAGUGCAACCUUUCA